AACUAUAUUCAACAUCUUUCAGUCACGUUCAGACUUUCGAUUCGAAAAGACGUGUUUGCGAGUACGAAAUUUUUUAAGUAAAAAUGUUGACUGUUUGUUGCUUGUAGUGAGAAAUAUAAAUUACUCAGAAAUAUUACCGUCGUAUCGUGCUAAAAUAUCUGAAAUAAUUUUAUUUUAAAGAAGAAGUGACUGUCUGUUGAUCGUUUUAUCAAAAAUUAUUAAAUUAGUUUUGACUCGGGUCUGAGUGCGCUAAUGAAACGUAAAUCGAAAAACGUAUUGAAUGACAAAAACGAUCCAACGAAAAUAUGCGAUAGUUUAAUCUAUUCAAGGUGUGUGCAAUUAUUAAUGUAAAAUAUUUUUUGUGAAAUUAUUGAAUGUUACUAUUGGUAUAGAGGUGCUAUAUACAACAACUGUCAACAAUUUAUACAUUAAGCCGGUUAAAGUUAAAGAUAACACAAAAACGACGGAUUUGUUUAAGUCGAAGGACAUCUACAUACAAUGCAAAAUAAUGAAGUGGUUCAAAAAGAACUCCAGUGAUUCGCCUCGCCUGAUAAGUUUGUCACCACUUCGACAUUGUGACACAAUAUUGCUGGACACCAACAAUACCGAAAACGAAAUCCUUACAACGAACGACGAUGACGGUGAUGAUGACGAUGACGAUGUAUUUGCUACCGUUUCGAGAUCCAACAAUACGGAUGUUUGCUCAAGUAACAACAACAACAACACCACCAUCAACGUUAGGAAAUCACGAAUAGAUCAAGCGCCGCCAUCGCCGAAGAAACAAACACACAGUACGUCGAACUGUUACAGCAUUCAAGAGGGACGAAUUAUCGAAAAAAGAUAUCCAAAAAAUCGCUACAUAUCACCGGUGCGAUUGAAAAACAAGACCUUGUGUCCACUGUUUUCCAACACGAGUACACCGUUGGCGAAAAAGAUUUUCCAACAUCAAAAGAAAACGAACAAGGCUGCAUCGUCGAACGAUGAACCAGAUCAAAACGAUGUAACAUUAGCGGCGGAUAAGCGAUCGUCACCGAAUCCGGACAUAAUUCGCCGGGAGAAACGAAAUCCAUUGACUAGCACAAGACUGAGUUGUUAUAGACCAAAAUUGUCGGGAGAGUACAAUUUGCAUCAUUGCAAAUCUGUGGAUGAUUUUAUGUUCUUGAAUGCUGACGAAGCAGCUUCAACAUUUUCGGAUUGCUCGGGUGAUAUGACCGCAUUGAUCAGAGAUAAUGAUGCCGACGAAUGUGCAAGCACACUUAAUGUGAGCGAUGUGUUGAGUUCACGCGGGGAACGUGCAAACAAUCAACCAAAGACUGUAAAUACAGAUUCGGAAUUAAACUCUGGGUACAUGGCUGCGAAGUCCAUGCUUGACGACCUGAACGCUAACUAUACAAAGAACAACACACCGAUGGCAUCGAAGAAGAAAAGUGGCGCCGGCAAUUUGUCGGAGCGAUUCAAAACAAUGUCCAAUCGAACGCAGAAAAUAUUCUCGCGGCUCUACAAACAACACCAACCCGUUGGGAAGGACAACGCCACUCCCAAUUCAUUCGCUAUUAGAUCUAAGCCGUUAGCAUCCGUUGAUCAGAGUAAAAUAAUUCCCGGUGCGAACAGUCGACGCAGCUUAAGCUACGGCAAUCUGCCAGCGUUGGACCUUUUCCAGCGGAAUCUUGAUGUGUUCGAAAGCAAUGUGAUCAAAAUCGAUAUCAAAGAUGCCGCGUGCGACGAUCACUCCCUGAAUUCGGAUUCAGCAUUUGAGGCAAAAAUCCAGUCCGAUGUACAGGCAGAAGAUGCCGAUUCUGGAAUUUUGGUCAACGAGUCUGGCCAAUCGUCAAUCAUUGUUGUCGAGCCGGAAGAGGCAGGAAAUGUUACACUUACUCCGAGCAACAUCAGUGAUGUUGCGGACAACUUCAAAGUGGAAUACAAAUUUGUGCAGUUGCAUCUCGACGAAGAUGACAUUGAUCGAAGUCUUCGAUUGGUUCUCAAUCCGCAACACUUCGAUGGUGGUAAACGGUUGGGUUAUCAAGUAGCGGAUAUUAUUCCGGGUGGUUUGAUAGACCGAAAUGGUACCAUUCACAUUGGCGAUGAAGUGGUCAGCAUUUCGGGUAGGAAAUUGAGUGGUCUCUCUGUGAUGCAAGUGCAGAAUCUGCUGUCUGACUGUACGAAGGGAACGGGCGAAACAAAAGUUGAUCUUGUGAUUUGUCGAUCGGAGACAAAUGCCAAAGAUGUGCACAUCAAAGACAGACGAAAGUUUUCAGCUGAAUCAUAUCUGAGCGAUAUGAAUGGACAUGAAAUUGGAUCGAAUGAGUUUGCGUCGGUUGCAUUAAAAAUCGACGGUAAAUUCAACACGCUUGGAACACCACGUCGAACGUCUCCGAAGUUUUCCAUCCUCAAAUCUAUGGAACCGAAAUCAUCGACCGACACUCAUACAUCGCCACUUCGUAGCUCCGAGCUGGUUCAAAAGCGUCAGACACAAUUCCAGAAAAACAACACCUCCUACUCGAGCAUGUCGAACAAACUGUUCCGACGCUCCCUAAUUGGCAAAAAGCAACAGCAAAAUCAAUUCUCCGUCAACAUAUCGGAUUCAACGCCUGAAAUCGAUUCAUCGGGCCAUUCGAACGCUUCAAUAUCGUCUUACAGUAAACUACUCGCUAAAAGCAGUCACAAUCUGUGCGACGACGAAAAAAUUAGUCUUAGUCUAGUCAGCCCGCUGAUCGCCACCAAUCUCUCCGCCAAACAACGGGACAACUUAUCCGACCCGAAAUUCGAUUCGAGUGCUGGCAAUUAUUGUACCUUGCCGAGGCGACCCAAGUCAGCCUUAUGUUCAUUCCAAACGAUCGUGUUCGAAAAGGGGCCCGGCAAGAAAUCGCUCGGCUUCACAAUCGUUGGAGGUGUUGACAGUCCACGCGGUGCUUUAGGUAUUUUCAUCAAAAACAUUUUGCCGUCUGGCCAAGCAGCUGAGGACGGUCGUUUGCAGGCGGGCGAUGAGAUUUUAGCGGUUAACGGACAUGUGUGUCAUGAUUUGUCGCACGAGGAAGCGGUUAAAUUGAUCAAGGGCGUUAAGCAAGGCGAAAUUGCAUUAAAUAUUUGUCGUAGACAUAAGAUGAGCGUUAAAAAUGUUGCUACUUAAGUCGACCAGUGCAGUAGUGGUCUUUUAAACUGAUACAGUCCAUUAUGAAUGUGUAGAGUAUAUAAAUGUUUGAUGGGGGGCGUAGUUCUAAUUACCUUUUGUAGACUACAAUAAAGAGAGAUUUUUGACUUAGU